AUGACUGCUGCUUCUGUUCUCGUGGCCGGCCUGGCGCUUUUAGGACCUUCGCUCUUGUCUCGGGUUGAAGGGAGCGAGCUUCCUGCCCAGGCUCAAGUCAUUAAUCAAAGAGCUUUCAAUGUUCUUAAUACGACUCAGCCUCCGGCUGAAUUUAAUGCGGAUAAUAUUUUCGUGCCUCCGGGACACUCGGAAGAUAGUCUUACCAAGCGUCCAUUCCACGUCUAUGACGACGAAUUUCUAAAGGUCAUUGGAAGCAAUCCGACUCUGACGCGAAUUGCGCACUCACCAAAGGACCCUCUGUUCCACGAGGCUGUCGUCUGGUCCAGAGAGACAGACGAGAUGUUCUUCGUGCAGAAUGCAGGCGCUAAAAAUUCCAGCACUGGUCUACACAAGUCGGCCAUCAUCGAGAAGAUAUCUCUAAAGGACGCAGCUACCGUCUCUAACAAGAGCGAUGCUUCCGGUCUUGUCAAAGUCACCACGGUACCCUCGUCGCCGAUGGUGAUUAACCCCAAUGGUGCCACCAACUAUCGAGGAGAGAUCAUUUUCACCGGUGAAGGUCAGGGCAAUGACACCCCUCCUGCAUUGUGGUUGAUGAACCCGCAGAAGCCAUACAACACAACUGUCAUUCUGAACAACUACUUCGGUCGCCAGUUCAACUCCCUGAAUGACGUAUCCAUUCACCCAAAGAACAAGGAUAUCUACUUCACCGACACUAUCUAUGGCUACGUGCAGGACUUCCGUCCCGCUCCUGGUCUGCAGGAUCAAGUCUAUCGACUCAACCCUGAUACAGGCGCUGUGACUGUUGUUGCAGAUAGAUUUGAUCAUCCUAAUGGGUUCACGUUCUCGCCCGAUGGCGAGUACGCGUACGUCACCGAUACCGGUAUCAAUUAUGGUUUCUACGGCAUGAACUAUACUACCGCCGCUUCGAUCUAUCGCUUCGACGUGAAGAAGGAUGGUACUCUGGAUAACCGCAAGGUCUUCGCCUUUGUUAGUCCCGGUGCACCUGAUGGCAUCCACUGUGACUCCCAGGGCAAUGUCUACGCCGGAUGUGGCGAUGGCGUCCAAGUCUGGAAUCCCUCAGGCAAACUCAUUGGCAAGAUCUAUCUGGGAGCUACUUCGGCAAACUUCAACUUUGCUGGGAAGGGAAGAAUGGUUAUUUGCGCGGAAACGGAUCUUUACUAUGUUACGUUGGCUGCUGAGGGGAGCUUUGUUGAGAGUGAGAUGUAG